AUGGUGGCAGUGCUCCGUCUCCAGUUGGGAACCUACAGGAGAACAGCACGAAAAGGGACGAACGCCAGAUUCGACUUCAACAGGUUAGAAGAUCCAGAAACUUGCGCGGCGUUCAAAGUCGAGAUCAGCUGCAGAUUCGUCCCUAUCAGGGAUGUGACCUGCCGAAACUCCGAGUUGCUGUACCAACUGCCCAAACAAGGUAUUGUCGGUGCCGCAGCAAAUGCACUCGGCCUAAGCAAAAGGCGAAUCAUUCGUAGGGAGGGGGGCCUCGUCAGAAACCCUCACUCUUCGCCAAAGAAGAAACGAGGGGAAGCAUGA